AUGACAUCCAGUCAUCCUAACGUGCUUACGCUUCAUCGCGUGAUCGAUAACCCGUCUGAUCCGUAUGUCUAUGUCAUUUUAGACUACUGUCCAGAUGGCGAUCUUUUCAGCAUGAUCACUGAGAAACAGCGGUUCUUAUUAGCCCCAGAACCCUUUGUCAAGGAUCCCUCCGCUGCCGAUGGCCGCCCCGUACCUGAAGAUAAGGCGUAUACCAAAGCUCGUUACGACAUGGAUAUGCUGAUCAAGGACGUCUACGACCAAAUCUUGGCGGCGGUGGAAUAUUGCCACAGCCUGGGAAUCUACCAUCGCGAUCUGAAACCCGAAAACAUCAUGUGUGCUGACGGUGGACGCAGGGUAUAUCUCGCCGAUUUUGGUCUUGCGACGGGUGAUCGGAUGAGCAGCGAUUUCGGAUGUGGCAGCUCCUUUUACAUGGGCCCCGAGUGCCAAGGCGGCAUCACGACCCGCCUCACACACUACAGCCCCGCAACCAACGAUGUAUGGUCGCUUGGUGUAAUUCUUAUCAAUUUUAUUUGUGGUCGUAACCCAUGGAAGCAAGCGACGCCGAACGACGACACGUUUCACGAGUUCCUCCGAGAUCCUGAUUUUAUCCAGAAGAUUCUCCCUGUGUCAGAUGACGUCCAUGCUAUUUUAAAACGCAUUUUUACUCUUCGUCCCGAAAACCGAUGCUCUGUAAGUGAUAUUCGCAAGUGGAUUCGCGCGGCACCGCGUUUGCAAGCAUCCAACAUGGACAUUUGGCAGCGCAAAGUUCUUCAUUCGUCGCCUAUUCGUCGGUGGGAUACCAAGUCGCCACCGACGCCGACAUAUGUAUCUGCGGCGCCAUCACCCCAUGUCGACGUCGAGUCCAAGUUUUCGAUGCUAAGCAUCCAUCCCCCGCAUGCACCGCACAACACGUCAACGAAGCCGGCCUUGAAUACGGGAGUGGCAUGUGAAGUACUGGAUCCCAGUCUGGCGUACACACCCAAUGUCCCACCUGUUUUGGACAAGUCGCCACCGCCCGUUCAGGCAGCAACACCUACACCGUUGCACCCUGUCGCUCUUUUGCCUACCAUCAAGCCAGGCUCUAUUGCAAGCCGUCGUUAUCGCCAUUCUCCUGGCAUGGCGUCUCACAUGGACAUGUCUGAUUCUGUGGGUUAUCACCAAGUUCCAUCUAUAUGGUCUUUAAGUGGCAUCUCCAGUGAAUCCCUGUCCACAGCCGAACGUGGUAAUACACCCUUUUGCAGUCCACCUUCGCUGGAACCAACGAGUCCUGAUCCACCGAUGUCGCCCAUGAUACCCCAAAUGCCGGGCUCGAUUUACCCGCUAGAAGCCCAGCCUGUGUCUACGUCUCAGCACUCAUUGCCAACGUGA